GAAAGAGAAGCAGCAGAGCAGAAUUUCGCGGAAUAGUGUGUUCCGGCAGCACCCGCGUCUGCGCCGUCACGCCGAGGGAGAGAGCAUAUUCCCGACGAAUCACAUGCAGUGCAUUUGCCGGGCAGUUGACCAGGUCGACAUCACGACUUUCACUCGCGCGAUACUGUUGACGCAGCACAGCACUUCCACCAGCGCUGCCGGAGAACGCAAUCAUGCUGGCUCAGAGAAUCGCGCAGAACUCGCUGCGGCGGCUCGCCGCGCAGCCCAAUGCCCUCCGUUUCGCAGCCCCAGCAGCAGUCGCAAUGGGCAUGCACACGAGCCAGAAGAGACUCUCCGCAGCCCCCGCGCAACCCAUCUCCGACCACGAAGCUCGCAACUCAAUCCUCGCCAAACAACGCCUAAACCGCCCCGUAGCACCUCACCUCGCCAUCUACCGCCCACAAAUAACCUGGUACCUCUCCGCCCUGAACCGCAUCACAGGCGUAGCAGUCUCCGGAGCCUUCUACGCCUACGGAAUGCUCUACCUCGCAGCGCCAUACCUCGGCUGGCACGUCGAGACCGCCGUUCUCGCGGCCUCAUUCGCCGCAUGGCCGGUUCUGCUGCAAGUCGCUGCGAAGUUCACCGUCGCGUGGCCGUUUGUGUUCCACUGCUUCAAUGGUGUGAGACAUUUGGUUUGGGAUACGGCGAGCAUGAUUACGAAUAGCAAGGUGAAGCAGACUGGAUGGUUUGUGUUGGGUUUGUCUACGCUGAGCUCUUUGGCGCUGGCUUUCAUUUGAGUGAGAGACUUGUAGCUGUGGACAUGUAUAAACACAAAGAAUCCAGUCAGUCAGAGCAAGCAAUAGAAUACCCGUAUAUGCCAGACUUCUUUUGUACGUGCAACUUGUUUAC